CUACAAUGAAAACUAUCUGCUUCGAUUCACAGCAGUGUCUGAAAAAAAACAGACAUAAAAAGUGGAGAAGCAUAUUAUAACCGUGAACUGUGGACUUACAAUCUCACAGUUCAUGACUGAAUCUCAAUACUUCAGUUUCUCACAUUGUUAGGUACUCUGAUUCAUGCGGUGGCCAGAAUAAGAACAGAUAUAUUUCUGCUGCUUGUCAUUGACCAUUAAGUUUUUGUUACUUGGCCUUACACAUAUGGAGGCUGACCCAGAACACAGCGUAAUUGAGAAGAGAAAGAGAAAAAUCGAUUUUAAAAUUGAACAUCCUCAUGACUUAGCUCAACUCAUACCCCUAGUAGGUCAGAAGAAACCUUUUGUGGUACAUGAAAUGGAACAAUCACAAUUUUUUUAUGUUGCUGAAUUAUAUUCCAAGUCAUUAGUAAACAGAAAACAGAAUAGAAUAGGCAGCAAAUUUAACUGGAGAGAAGUGAGAUGGAUCCGAUACGUAAAAGAAGGACAUUGGGAUUUUUAUAAAAAUUUAAAGACUGUUAGCGAUCAAACUGAUGUCUUUCCAGACGCUUCCUCAGACAAAGAAUAUUUGCUAUAAUAUAUUUUUGUCUAUUUGUAAACCUUUUGUGAAUGGAAUAUAUUUAAGAAGCAGGUCCACUUUAUUUUCCUUCACGUUCUGUAUAGUACAGAAGGAUACCUGUCAAACACUUGCUGUCAAAAAAGAGGU